AUGUCUGAUUUGGAUAAUAAGAAAGCUCAUUACUCCCCUCCCUGGGCAGAUGUAUGUAUUAUAGGAAUUGCUGGUAGUUCAGGCUCCGGUAAAUCAACACUUUCGAAGACCAUUGUUGCGAAAAUGAACUUACCUUGGGUUGUGAUCCUUCCCAUGGACUCAUUCUACAAAACACUGGAUCCAGAAUCUUCUCAAAAAGCCUUUCGAAAUGAGUUCGACUUCGAUAGCCCAGAUGCCAUCGAUUUCGAUGUUCUCGUCGGUAGACUACGUGACCUGAAGGCUGGAAAGAGUGCUGAAAUUCCAAUUUAUUCUUUUUCCAAGCAUGCUAGAGAAGAAAAAACUACCUCUAUUUACUCUCCACAUGUUAUGAUUCUAGAGGGCAUCUUCGCUCUGUACGAUACUCGUGUUUUAGAACUUCUGGAUAUGAAAAUUUUUUGCGAAGCAGAUACGGACUUGUGUCUAUCUCGCCGAAUACUCAGAGAUUUGAAAGAACGUGACAGAGAUAUGGAAGGCUGCAUCAAGCAAUGGUUUCAAUUCGUCAAACCAAAUUUCGAGCGCUAUGUAGAGCCCCAAAGAAAAAUUGCUGAUAUCAUAAUCCCUCGAGGUGUGGAGAAUAAAGUGGCAAUCACCAUGGUCACUCAAUUUAUUGAGAAAAAACUCCUAGAGAAAUCGAAUCUACAUCGUGCUAAACUCAAAAUUCUAGGGCAAAGCGCUAGUGAUCAUAGUCUCUCGGAUAAAGUACUUAUACUUGAAGAUACCCGCCAGCUUCAAGCCAUGAACACGAUUCUUCAAGAUGAUUUAACGUCUGCAGAGGAGUUCAUUUUCUAUUUUGAUAGAGUGUCAACUUUACUUGUGGAGAAUGCCCUAAAUAUUACCCGGUUCAAGCCAAAGCUUAUCCAUAUUUCGGAUGGGAAAACAUUCAGUGGCCUCGAGCCAGUUGGUGAGACGAGUGCUGUCGUUGUACUUCGUGCAGGCUCUUCAUUUGAGACAGGGCUAAAGAGAGUUUCACCUGACUGCCGAACCGGAAGGAUACUUAUUCAGUCCAAUGAUCGGAACGGUGAGCCUGAGUUACACUACUUAAAGCUUCCUGAUGACAUUCACACACAUGAUACUGUAUUAAUACUUGAUCCGCAGUUGUCAAGUGGAGGAGCGGCUCUGAUGGCUGUACAGGUUCUCAUUGAUCAUGGUGUUGCACAAGACAGAAUAGUAUUUGUUACAUACUUUUCAGGGAGAAUGGGCCUAAACCGCUUAACACAUGUUUUUCCGCAUCUUCACGUUGUAGUUUGCAAGAUCACUGGUGACAUUCAAGAACGGUGGAUUGAAAAGAAAUACUUCGGAUGCUGA